GCCACCGCCUCCGCCUCCUUUCCCACCUCCUCUUUCCCGGGUUCCUUCGCUUCCUCUCCACGACCCAGGCCCUCUGUCUCUGAGAAGAGGCCGUAUUCGGUCUCCUUCGCGGGUCCGGGGCGCAGCAAUGGCGGACGGCAGUGGCGGCGGGGGCACGGGCGCAGUGGGCGGCGGUGGGGCGGGCCAGGCCUCGGCGGGGUCGGCGACAGGCGGGACGGGGGCCGGCGGCAGCGGCGGCCCCAUCAACCCGGCCUCACUGCCUCCCGGCGACCCGCAGCUCAUCGCUCUCAUCGUGGAGCAGCUCAAGAGCCGGGGCCUGUUUGACAGCUUCCGCCGGGACUGCCUGGCCGACGUGGACACCAAGCCAGCUUACCAAAACCUGAGGCAGAAAGUGGAUAAUUUUGUGUCAACACAUCUGGACAAGCAGGAAUGGAAUCCUACGAUGAACAAAAACCAAUUGCGAAAUGGUCUGAGGCAGAGUGUGGUUCAGUCAGGGAUGUUGGAAGCUGGAGUGGACAGAAUUAUUUGUCAGGUGGUGGAUCCCAAACUAAACCACAUCUUCAGGCCACAGAUAGAACGAGCAAUUCAUGAGUUCCUGGCGGCCCAGAAAAAAGAAGCUAUGCCAGCGCCCCCUCCAGAGCCUGAAAGCCAAGACCCUCCACCUCCAUCCCAGGAUGCUUCAUAAGAAUAUGCCGGACACAUUUUGGAAGCUCCAUUGAAUUACUGGUGAAGAAAUGGAUUUGGUUACCUACGAGUACAACUUCAGAAUGAAGACAGGCCAAGGUCACUGAUUUCAAGAUUCAGCCUUGACU